GGAGCAGGAGAAUGGAGAACGACAUGUGAGAGCGGCCAACGACGCGCGCCUGACGACAGCAUGCUUCGCCUCCUCCAGACCGUGGCCCUCUGCUUCUGGUGCUCUCUGCUGCUUCACAGGCAGGCCGCGGCCGACGAAGAGGCCUUCUGGCCACCGAUGCCGUCGAGAGAAAAGCCGCCGGAAAUCUCUUAUUGGUGGACCCCACCCCUGCCAAAGUUACCUUCUCUUCCCUCACUGCCCUUCCGUAUCCCCUUCUAUGGAGGCUCGAAAGGGAACGACGGGUCGGCACCGACCGCCAAAGGCCCGACGGAGCCGACCGAUGGCUCGCAAGGUCACCUGGGUUCGGGGGACGGCAGUUUCUCCGAGGCCUCUGAAUCCCCGACCACUUUGAGUCAGGCGCUCCCAACCGGCGCGACAAAGAUAGGAACAGUGUCACUUCCCAAUGGGACAUCGGACCCUCCGCACAGCAGCAGCAGCAGCAGCAUAGCGCACAGCGACAAGGAAGCUCUUGUUUUAGACUCCCACGCUCCCACAAGCAGUUCUGUCAGACGCACUCUGGUCACCGACGGUCCCACCGGCACAGGCGCUCCAGAACGAAACGCAACACACACCCGCCCGCAGAGGGGUCAGCUGCCAGGGGAGCACCGUGAUGAGGAGGCCAAAGGUUUUACAGAAAACCUCCUUUUCACCACGGCAGCAGAGACCACCGUCCCCAGCGCCUUUACGCGGACGGCAGCCGAAACCACGACAACAACAACAUCAACAACAAUAACCCCGGGACCGGUGGAGACCACUCUACCCAGCAGUGACCCUCUCGGGCUUGUUACCCCUUCUGCGUCCGCAGAGACCACGUUCGUAGAACCACGGGACUCAACUUUCGACAUUACCCUCCGUGCUGCUGAGGCAACAAGGACAGAACCUCCUCCCACCUCCAGGUCUGGGCCCGCGGCGGAGGAGAAGCUGCGGGUGUACACCGCCGCCACAGGGAUCGAUUACAAACCGCUGCCGGAAUCCAUAACGAGCCCGACUCGGAGCCAGAGGGUUGACUUUCCAAUGGCAGGAGAGCCGCCCGGCAGAGAGGACGAGGGGGACGAGGGGGACGGGGGAGGUGCGGCUCCUUCGGCGGACAUUUCCAGGACGCCCGCCGAGCCGCCAACAACGCCGCCGCCGCCGCCGCCCCAGAGCACAGAAACUCCCCAUAUCCCUCCGUACACCGAUGACUGGAUGUACAGCCAGGUGGACAGUGACGCCACCUUGCUUCCAGACUGCAAUAAAGAGCGCUCGGGGAUCUGCAACCUCUCCGACACCUGGGACUUGAGACCCCCCUCGGACGCCAAGCCCACGCAGAACGCCACCGCCACGAACCGGUCGGCCGCCCCCCACCUGAUCCCGGCUCCGCCCAUGCUGGUGCCGCUGUACACCGACUGGAACAGCGCCAUGGCGGCGUGGGGCGUGGCCUGGGAGGCGCACGUCUACGGCGCCGGCUGCGCCUUCGCCGCGCUGGCGCUGGCCUCGGCUCUCAACCUGCUCUGCCUGCCCCUGCGGUGCCCGUCCGGCUGCGGCUACUUCGCCCUGGUCAGCCUGUUCCUGCUGGCCGCCGGCGGCACCCGGUCGUUCUCCCUGCUGUACGACGCCUACGGCCACCGGGACCGCUUGCCCUCGGCGGAGGCCUCGCUGGUGCUCUACGAGGCGCCGUUUCCCUGUUUGACCGCAGCGUUCGGCCUGGUUUUCCUGCUCCUCUCCAUGCGCUCGAGGAUGCAGCUCUCCUACUCGGCCUUCCAGAGGCCCUGCUUCCUGGCCUGCCUCGUCGCCGUGCACUUCGGCGCCGCGUUCGGGCCGGUGACGCUGCUGGAGUUCUACCGGCAGAAGCCUCCCCUCUGCCUCUUUCUCUCGCUCGUCUCCCGCGGGGCCUUCGUCGCGCUGGCCACGUUCCUGUCCGCGGCCUAUUUCGUCUUCUACAUCUACGUGCGGGCGGACUCGAAGCACAUCUACCACCUGAACAACACGUCCCCGACACCCGCUGAGCGCUACAACCGCUGCCCCUUCGCCGAGAGCCGGGACUGGGACCGCGCGGCCCUCACCGUGUGCGUCUCAGCGCUGUUCUGCCUGGCGUGCGCAGGGCUGCAGUUCUACGCGAUGCUCAACGCCAUGGGUGUGGCGGGUGGAGAGGAGGUAUUCCACCCUUGGCCCUGGUGGGCUUUCCAGUUUAGCUGCAGACUAUGCGAGCUCGGGGUUUGUCUCACCUUAGCCCUGGUGGUGGCGCAGCCCGUCUACUGUUCUGACCACCUCCCAGCCGCAGGAAGCUGUUGGACUGAGCUGUUGGCGUCCAAGUCACCCAUCCUGCCCGGGAGCUACCAGUGGACCCUCAGCCAGCAGGAGAAGCUCGCCAUCGUCGAUACCGUUGGGCUCGGAGAGAUGGAGAGCCUCCCUCUUUACACCCUGGUGGAUGAGAGGCUUGGCAGCAGUCUAAACGGCCUUGACCUCCUCUACCACAGCAACCGGGCCUUGGCGUACAGGGACCUGGACUUGGAUUUGGACCUGAAGGGCUCAAGGAAACCUGAGGAUGUGGGACGCGGGGAGCCCUCGGGUGGCUCCUCGUUCACCAGCGACUCGACCGCAGACCUGAGGCCACCUUCGCCCAUCAACCUGCGCCGCAGCAUAGACGAAGCACUUUUCAGCGAGGCCCUGUUCCCCACGAGCCUCUUCAGCCCCGCCAGGCCCACCCACUGCAGCGAUCUGUCCAUCAGCGACCACCGCGCGCCGCAAUGCAACGGCCUCUGCGAUCCCCUCUCGGCCGACGCCGGCCUUUAUCGGACCUCUUCCUGCGUGGAGGUGGCAGCCCAAGGCCCCCUCGAGCCCUCUCGCGCCCGAUCCCAGGGAGAUACAUCUCAAGGCGGCCCGCCAUCCCCCUCGCUGUCCUCAUCCUCCAGCUGCUCAUCUCCUGAACGUUGGAGGGGCAGCUCUUCCUCCAGCUGCCUCUACCGGGAACCCUUCGGGGGCUCCUCGCUGGUCCUGUGCCCGAGCCCGGAGAGACGCGCCCGGCAGCUGCUCCAGCAAGGGGCCGAGGGCCACGCGGCGUCCUCCGGGCAACGCGGCCACGCCGACCCGCGGAGGAACUAUCACACCCUGGGUGCGGCGUCACAGGAGAGCCUGGACCUGGACCUGGACCUGGACGUGUCGUCGUCGGAGGCGGACCGCUCCGCGCAGGAGGAGUUCAUCGGCGCUUGCAGACAAAUCGACGCUUUGAGUAUCUGCAGUGAGACUAUAGAUUUAUAAAAAAAUAUGGUUUUUUUUUGUUUUGUUUUUUUACAAGGGACAAGUCUGGUGAAACAAGGGUUACACGGGGGAUUUAAGGAGGAUGUAUGAAAGGUGACUGUCAAUGGUAUUUUACAGCCUAUUUGAUAGUGCAUGGUAGCUUUCGCUUUUACCGUUAAAACCUAUAGCUGCCAAAACAACGUUUCUGAAGGUUUGAUAAGCUUUCGUACGUGGUAAUUAGUGAGCAUCUAUAUGGGUCUAAGUGCCAAGAAUGUCAAAAGCCAAGAGUUGAUUUGUAUCUUUUACGUGCUUGAUUAAGGCCGGAGAAGUUUGAUACAGUAAAACAAUUUUUUUUUAAAAGGUGGCAUUUCACUGAGUGCAGAUGACAAGAAUUUUUUUGUACAAAAUGUUUUUAUUGCAUUUCAACAUUCCAAAUACUACUACUGUGACAGAGAAGCACUUAAAUACUACUGAAGUCUGACGUUUUCAAUUUCAGCAGAAUAACAUUGUCAUUAAUGCUCAUGUUAUAAUAUAUAUAUAUAUAUAUACUGGAUUGCACCUGUCAAACUCCAUAAUCAUAACACCUGUGACUUGCAGUGACCUCUACUGGGAAACAAGUGUUACUUUAUCCUACAACGAUUACUAAUGGCCUCUGCUUCUAUGUACACUGGCAGCAUACUCUGACUUGCUUACUAAUUUAUUUAUGUCCAAACAUAACUGCUAAACACAUGGUUUAAUAAAGUAUUUUAUAAAGCACUGUGGCUUCUUUUACUCGAGGUUAAAAGUGACAUCCCACGUGAUUUCGCAACUCGCAAAGAAGACAAGUCACUCAUGUUUGAUUUAUUUAUUGUGUGCUUAAGUGAUAUUCCUCAAAAAAAUCCCAAAUGAUUGUAAUGAAUAAAGUCUUUUCUGUCCAUUUAAAAAGCCCUUUCUUAUUAAUUUAGUUAUUGGUUGCAGAAGCUACUGCAAUGUUGUGGCAGCUUUACACUACGUUGAAGCUGAAAUAAAAAAAAUAAA